AUGUCGACGAAACAACAGACGAGCGUGAGUAACAUGCAGCAGCGCGGUGUCGACAAUCGUGCGCACAACCAUAUGGUGCUCAGGAAGCUGGCGCUGUUCUCGCUUUUGAUGGUCAUCGUGCCUUUGAGCACGUUUUAUACUGUUCGUAGCCUUUUUCGACCAGGAGAGCCGGGCAGUCAGUACGCGGACGUAUGGAGCGGAUGUACGGCAGUGCUUUCUGUCAACAUUGUCAUUGGGCUUUACGUUCUGUCGGCGUGGAAAGAGGAAGACAAGAAACAAGUGACCCCGCUCGUGGGCCGGUUUGCCAAGCAGAAAGAGCAAUAG